AUGGGGCUUUCGGUCGCUUGGGCAUUGCUGGUCAUAUUACUCGCCGUGGUACUAUGCCAACCCGUUGGUGCUAACUGGGACCCAUCCGUACAUAAGACGUGCGGUAACCAGAAUAUGGCCUACGUCUCGGCCGCCGUCAUCGACAUAGCGACGGAUCUUAUGCUCAUAGCGCUUCCGUUAAAGCCGUUAAUAGCACUACGAAUUAAGACCUUACAUAAGGCUGCCUUGUCGCUUAUAUUCUGUGCCGGAUUCAUUAUCAUCCAGCCGGGAAUCGCCAUCAUGGUAGCUUGUAGUCCCCUUCUCAAACCCAUCGCAGACCGAGCACUCGGCUCACGGCCCUGUGCCCGGUACGACGGUUCGGGUGGAACCUUGUCUCGGAAUCUUGGUAUAAAGUUACGGGCGUUGGUUAAGAGCGAUAAAAGGGGGACAGUUGACUCUUCGCGUUCAAUAUCGGUUACAUUGGAGCAGCCCUCGGAUGUCGAGCACGGCGCUCGCAGCGGGCUUUGGAACACAGGCACAUACCAAGCCACGGUCCAAGCACAAGAAAAUUCUUAUUCGGACGGAGAUGUUAGCGGCGGAGCGGCCUGUGAUAAUGGGCGGAUUACAGUUACACGGCAGGCAAUUGUAACGAGUAGUCGAUAG